AUGGCAGCAAAGGAGUUCUUCCAGCCCCAGGGGUACGGCGGACAGCAGGGUGGACCGCCGCAGGGUGGCGAGCGUGGAUGGGGACACGGGCCGCAGCAGCCUCAGUACGGAGGCGGAGGGUACGGUGGACCUCCUCAGGGUGGAUACUACCCUCCCCAAGCUCCGCCGCAGGCGUACGGCGGCUACGGUCAACAGCAGUACCCUCAGCAAAUGCCUCCGCAGCAAGUCUACGUCCAGCAGCCGCAGAAGAACAGCGGGCCGGGAGCGGGAGCAGGAUGCUGUGCUUGCUUGGCCGGUGCAUGCUUGUGCUGCUGCGCUGAAGAGGCGUGCUGCGACAUGCUCAUGUAA